GUUAUACCGAAUAUCGUUGGCGCUCUGCCUAGUCUUAGAAAACUCGCCCUCCUCUCGAUUACGGUUCAUUCUGCACCUCAGGCUCUCAAUAGUAUAGAGACUACGCCUCAGGGACUGCUCACAUCGAGUUGUUUCACCAAAGCGUGCUCAAUGCCCUGGCCUUGUACACGAACGUUAACGACCUGUCGCUGGACAUGACCCAAUUCUUCUCGCUCUCACAUCUCUUGCAGUUCCUCCGUGCCUUCCCCGACAUCGAAUACAUAUACUGUCGGAACGUGCCAGAAUGGGAGCUUCCGUCUGACGAAGCCAUAUUCAAGACAGUGGUCAAGGAUAUGAAGGCAUUUACCAAUGUCACUCUUGUUUGGGUGUCUUCAGCCUUUGCGACACUAUUCUUCAAGCUGUUCGCGAAGCAGUGCUGCGAGCUGCGGAUUCUUUAUAUCGGUCUCGUGGACGUGCCCGGACCCGAAUUCCAAGCUGCCAUCGACAAGGUGCUGCAACAAUCUGGGGCAGUUCUUCACACAUUCAGAUGCGAAUACAAACAUCGAGAACAACGUACCAAGCUGGGUGUUAGUACUCCCUCGCUCGUGUACAACACCGCACUAGAACAUCUAGAUGUGACCAUCACUGUAGCGUCGUUACUGCGCACAUCACGGAUUUACAAGACACUCCUAUCUCUGUUCACGCAGCUUAGGAGCCCGUGUUUGAAACACAUGUCCAUGCAAUUCUUCUUACAAAAGCCUGGCGACGUGCGGCCUGGUGUCGACCUCGACACAGAUAUGGAGACCGCUUCCUCGGACAUCGCCAUCUUCCACGCUGCGAUCUCCUACUCCCUGGGGGCAUAACCCUGAUAUUCAGGCGUCUCAAUAGCCCCUCCUUGGGUACGAGCCCGUUCGAUGCCGAGCCAACACCC